GGCAAAGCCGCACGCAUCCGGAGGAAGGCAACCAGAGCCAGAAAUAUCUCCUCCGCCUCUCCUGCGCUUUUGCGCUUUUCCUCCUCCCCCCGCACACCCAGCACACGCCGUCGUCCCCUCCUCCCCGAUGGCCUCCGCCGGCGUCGAGGGCGAGGCGGACCGGGUGGCGGCGCUGCUGCGGGAGAUAACGGGUGAGGGCGGGUUCGCGUUCGUCGCCUCGGCGGAGAAGGCGGCGGCGGGGGCCGGGGACCUCCGCGCGGCGGAGGCGGCGCGGGAGAUGGCGUGGGAGCAGCUCCACUCGGGCCCCUGGAACGAGGUGGGCGCCGCCUGGCGGGACGCAUACGCGCUCGCCUGCCUCCACGUCGCCCGGCUCCGCGCUGGCGGCGACCGCCCCGCCGCGGUCAAGGCGCUCGACAUGGGGCUCAUCAUGGGGGGCAACCUGCUCCGCGCCGACCUCGAGGCCGCCCUGGCACGCAUCUCCUCCGCCGAGCCGUGCGGCUGCGGCGGCGGCGGCCGCGAAGAGGGCGCGGGGGCCGUCGAUGAGGAGGACCGGAGGUGGAGGGAGGGGCUCGACAGGAACCGAGACAUCGCUGAUGUGAGAUCGCUAUUGCCUUUUAAUUUGUUUCAGGCACUCAAAAUUCUCCCAGCAAAGUCUUUAUCCAGUAAGAAAGUCGAGAGGCGAUCACACAUUUCCUUGGAGGAGUUUAUAUGUAAUUACUUUUUAUGUGAGUCCCCUGUCAUAAUCGGUGGCACCAUUGACCAUUGGCCUGCAAGGACAAAAUGGAAGGACAUUAAAUACCUCAAGAAAAUUGCUGGAGAUCGGACUGUUCCUGUUGAAGUUGGAAAAAAUUAUGUGUGUAGUGAUUGGAAGCAGGAGCUUAUCACAUUUUCUCAGUUCCUUGAGAGGAUGUGGUCAACUGGUUGUCCAUCAAACUUGACAUAUCUAGCUCAGCAUCCAUUGUUUGAGCAGAUAAAAGAGCUUAGUGAAGACUUAAUGGUUCCUGACUACUGUUAUGCUGGCGGAGGUGAACUACAAUCACUCAAUGCUUGGUUUGGCCCACAUGGGACAGUAACACCAUUGCACCAUGACCCGCACCACAACAUCUUAGCUCAGGUCUUGGGCAGGAAGUACAUUAGACUUUAUCCUGCUUCCAUAUCUGAGGACUUGUAUCCACACACAGAAACUAUGCUAAGCAACACCAGUCAGGUAGAUCUUGACAACAUGGAUUUGAAGGAGUUCCCUAGGGCUGAAAACCUGGAAUUCAUGGAUUGUGUACUGGAGGAGGGUGAGCUGCUUUACAUCCCACCAAAAUGGUGGCACUACGUUCGAUCUCUCUCCACAAGUUUCUCGGUUAGCUUUUGGUGGCGUGCCACGGUUGAACCUUCAGGCGGUUCAUAGCAUCAAUUCUUUCUCUCCCAUAUUAUUGGAAUCAGAUUGCAGAAGACUAAAGAAACCUGACAGGACCCUUCGAUUCAGGUGACAUCCGCUUUUGAAUGGAUGUAGGCACACCAUCACAGCUGUGCAUUGUUAGUUUUACCACAGUGAUUCAGAUAUUGAAAUUGUUGCCUGUAUGCCACUUGUAACAAUGCGACGUUCGUCGCGCUACCCGCUACCAUCUGAUUCAUGAAAGUUGAGGUCGAAGGGGUGCAGUAGUCCCCACUCCCCGCGUCAUUUCUUCAAACUAGUAGUCAGUACCGCUACCUACCACAUACCGUUUCUGACUUUCUGUACGAAGAGCUGUCUUUUUGUUUUUGAAAAAGAAACGAAGAGCUCUGUCCGUUGCCUGUAAUUACAACCACUGCUUGUACA